GCACGGUGAGGGCAGGGGAGGGCAACGGGUCGACACCUCCCUCGCCCACCGAAGCAGGGGAAGGGGCCUAGCGAGGCGGAACCACUGCACGAAGGCGGGGAGAGUGUCUUCGGCCUGCUUCUUCCCGAAGAUGACAGCAGUCACUCGGCAACAAGUUCUUGGCCUUUACCGCAAGAUAUUCCGAAUAGCCAGAAAAUGGCAGUCGGCAUCAGGACAGGCAGAAGAAACCCUUCAAGAGAAAGAGUACAUUAAAAAAGAGGCCAGAACGCUCUUCCACAAAAACAAAAAUGUAACAGAUCCAAAGUUGAUUAAGCAAUGUAUAGAAGAAUGUGAGGCAAGAAUAGAAAUUGGACUUCACUAUAACAUCCCCUACCCGAGACCUAUCCAUCUUCCUCCCAUGGGUCUUGCCCACCAACAAGGCCGCAUGUUGCGACACCAGGAAAAGUUAAGGAAGAUUUCUAAGCCAAUAUACCUGAAAUCCCAUGAUGACAUUUCAUAACUCAUCAUUUAAGCUGGGAUGUGUAAUCACAUCAUCUUAAGCUGUGGACUGCAAUCCAUGUGAUUCGUGUGCACAACUGUGAAUGAAGCAGUUUUGGUCACUCUACACUUUUCCAGAGGCCAAAAAGCUAACUGAUGCAUUGCAUAUGAUGGAUAAGGUUGGUCUAAUAUUUAUUACAUUUCAACCACUGACUCAUCAAUAAAAGUAACACUUUUCCAGAAGUGAGGUGUGAUACAAAGAUUACUUUGACAUCAGGAGAAACUACAGGAGAUUUUCAUACUGUUGAAGAGUUCUCGAGUGGUUUGAGGAUGAUACAUGCUCAGUUAUGAUUGAAGACAGGGCCUUGUGUAAAGGUCAGCAAAACUCAGGACUAAGGCCAGGAGAAUCAAGCAGACAGAGUACUCUAGAGCUUCCAAAUCCAAAUGGGAAUAGUGACUGAAUUCUGAAGCUGUACUCCUUCCUCUCUUGGCCCAGCAGAAACAUUGCAGUUUCAUAGCAUCGUUAGGGUGAAAUAUUGUUUCUGAACAGACAGUAGCAAGGAGACAGCAGAAAUGCCACCACUCCUUUCUCCUUCUUGGAAACUGCAGAGGAGUGGCCUAAAGCCUUUGUGUCAGCGUUUUCUCCUGUUCCUUUGGAGAGGGUGUGGAUGUGAAAUGCAAAGUUUGGAAUGCUAUUACACAACUCAGUAAAACAGUCCACUGCUGCCUUCCUCAGGUUCCCAUGUAUGGACUGACUGAAAACUCACCCUUCAGGGAAUCACCA